CCUGCCCGGCCGAGAGCAUCGCCUUCAAAGUGAACGCUUCCGAUCGAAUAUUCGAAGGCCGAGUCAAGUCGAAGAGCCCCGUCGACGCCAGUGGCAUGUACAACGUGACUUUCGGGGUGCACAAGGUGCACAAGGGGGAGGAGUCGGACCUGAAGAACCAGCACCAGGGCGUGCGCCUGCAGUUCCUGGACAAGGCGGCGGCGCCCGGCGCUGGCGGCGGCGGGGGCGGCAUCGUGGGCUGCCAGGGCGUCGGCAGCGUGGUGCGCGCCAACAUCCGCAACAACCCGCGCUACCUCGUCUUCGUGGAGCGAGUGGCGCCGCACGUGUUCCGGCCGCGCGCCGAGCCGCUCGUCAAGACCAAGCAGACCAUGCAGCAGGUGCGGAAGGCCAUCGCCUGCGGAGGCAUCUCUGUCCUUGAAAAAGUCUCUCAAAACAGUCGAGCACCCUCACCAAAUGAUGUGGAGUGCUCCAGAAGUUCUCAGCCUCUGCCCACCCCCGCCUCAUUGCAGAUGUCUUAA